UAUUGUUUUCCAGGUACCUCGAUCCUGCAGAAGGACAUCACCUGGUAUCAGAGCCCAUAUACCUGGAGACGGAAAUGACUGAAAGAGGCAAGGAACCGGCGACAGAAGGGGUGCGGACGCUGGAGGCGUUGUGGACGAGACAGGAAGACGUCAAUCGCCGAAUUGACGAGAUUGCGGUCGAAAUGCAGCGACUAGCAAUGGAUGUUCGCCGGGAGUUCAAUCUCCUUCGAACAAGGCCGGUAAACCCAGUUCGCCACCGGGAUGAGGCGCGAACAAAUCAGCCAAUGCCCAGGAGAAGAACAGAGGGAGAACGCCACGGAAGGCACCACCAGGAGACGCGAAUUGAUCCAACUGACUCGGAGGAUGAUCCGCUUCCAACCAGAGGUUUCACUCCACCAUAUUCGAGCGGUGAAGAGGUGGAUGAUUUUGUUAACACAGAACAGCGGCGGAAUCGCCGUCCUCAGCCAUACAGACAACACCACGGCGAAUUCAAGGUAAAAAUGGACAUUCCUUUUUUUGAUGGCCAUAUCCACAUUGAAGAUUAUCUUGAUUGGGAGAAAUCCGUGGAAAAUUUUUUCGAUUACAUGGAUAUUGAUCCGGAGAAAAAAGUGCAAUAUGUUGCGUGCCGAUUGAGGGGCGGAGCAAGUGCUUGGUGGGAACAGACACUGCAAUCACGACGACGGGAAGGUCGAGCUCGUGUCCGAACUUGGGCGCGUAUGAAACAGCUGCUGCGCACACAAUUUCUUCCCACUGAUUUUGAACAAAUCUUAUAUAUGAGAUACCAACAUUGUAGUCAAGGCGCGAGAUCCGUAAGCGAAUAUACCGAAGAAUUCAAUCGGUUGAGUGCCCGGAAUGAUCUCAACGAGUCUACCAACCAGUUGGUAGCUCGGUAUAUAGGCGGCCUCAAGGACAGUAUCCAAGAUCAAUUAGAAUUGAAUUCCGUCUGGUCCCUACCCCAAGCGGUCAAUCUAGCUAUGAAAAUUGAGGUCCAGCAAAACCGCAAGCCCAAGGUGCCUUACUCUCGUCGACAUUGGCAGGAACAACAAUCUACUCCGACUAAGCACCCGUAUCAAUCCGGACCGAGAACUAUUCCGCACUCUCUUCCUGAUGCAGAACCAGCAGGCGUGAACGUUGAAGAUAAGGCGUUGCACAAACAGAAGGGAGCCAAUACGUCCAAUCCUUACGCUCGACCAUCGCCGCUCAAAUGUUUUCGUUGUUUUCAGCCCGGCCACAAAUCUAAUGAAUGCCCCCAAAGGAAGCAGGUGCAGUUAGCUGAGUUUGAGGAAGGUACCGAUUCGGAAGGAACCGCAGUUGAAAUAACAGGCCAAGUGGAAGACGUCCGAGCUGAUGAGGGGGAACCGUUUGUGGGAGUCAUGGGAAAACUACUACUAGCGCCGCGUCAAACUGGAAUGUCGCAACGCCAUGCCAUUUUUAAAACUCGAUGCACUAUAAGCGGCAAGGUGUGUGAUUUGUUAAUAGAUAGUGGCUGCACAGAAAACAUCGUAUCGAAGGCUGUCGUUCAAGGAUUACAACUGAAAACCACCAGACACGAGAGUCCGUAUAAAAUCAGUUGGGUCAAGAGGGGCAUGGAGAUAGCAGUCACAGACUCAUGUCGGGUAAGCUUUUCUAUUGGAAAACACUAUUCGUGCGAAGUUUUAUGUGAUGUACUAGAUAUGGACGUGUGCCAUCUGAUAUUGGGGCGGCCAUGGCAAUUCGAUGUGGGUGCGCAAUAUGAUGGACGGGCUAAUGUAUAUUCGCUGGAUUGGAAAGGGCGGAAACUACGCCUACUGCCGGGCACCUCCACUUCUCAGUCACGGGACACAGAUCAAGCUCAGCGUGCUGCCAUCCACUUGGUCUCAGGGAACAAUUUGAUAAAUGAAUGGAGAAAUCAGGCCCCAAUGUUUGCUCUGCUUGUCACGGAAGUGUCUCCAACUCUUCCCUUGCAACAGCUCCCACAUGAGGUAUCCGAACUUAUGGAACAAUACCGGGAUAUCACACCCGAAGAGCUACCCGCCGAACUUCCUCCUUUGAGGAGUAUUCAACACCAGAUUGAUUUAUCACCUGGUGCAUCGUUGCCGAACCUACCCCAUUACCGCCUCAACCCCAAGGAGCAGGCCAUUCUUCAAGAACUUAUUGACGACUUACUGCGGAAGCAGCUGAUUCAAGUAAGUCGCAGCCCUUGUGCUGUGCCGGCAUUGCUGGUACCGAAGAAAGAUGGCAAUUGGCGGAUGUGCGUCGACAGUAGAGCCGUCAAUAAAAUCACUAUCAAAUACCGUUUUCCCAUGCCACGCAUCGACGAGUUGCUGGAUCAGCUCACGGGUGCUACCGUCUUUUCUAAGUUAGACUUACGAAGCGGAUAUCAUCAGAUCCGUAUCCGGCCAGGCGACGAAUGGAAGACGGCGUUCAAAACACCACAGGGGCUCUACGAAUGGAAGGUCAUGCCAUUCGGUUUGUGCAAUGCACCGUCGACGUUCAUGCGGAUGAUGAACGAGAUUUUGAAACCUCAUUUGGGAAGGUUUUGCAUCGUCUAUUUUGACGACAUCCUAGUGUAUAGCCCAGACCGUUACCAACAUUUACAGCAUUUAAAAAUUCUGCUUGACAUCCUCAGAGAACAAAAAUUGUUUGUUAACUUACCAAAAUGCGAACUAGCGGCGACUAGUGUGCGGUUUCUGGGUUUCAUCGUUUCGGACGGUGGAAUUCUUGUGGAUCCACAGAAGGUUUCAGCUAUCAAGGAUUGGCCGCAACCUCAGUCUCUUUUUGACAUACGAAGCUUUCAUGGUUUGGCCAAUUUUUACCGUCGAUUUAUUAAGAAUUUCAGCCUUAUUAUGGCUCCGAUCACUGACUGCCUCAAGCUGAAGUCAUUUAGUUGGGGGGCCGACCAACAGCAGAGUUUCGAAGCCAUCAAGGAAGCCCUCACGACAGCUCCUAUUGAGGGGUGGAGCGAGUGCUUGGUGGGAACAGACUUUGCAAUCGCGACGACGGGAAGGUCGAGCUCGUGUCCGAACUUGGGCGCGUAUGAAACAGCUAAUGCGCACGCAAUUUCUUCCCACUGA